GGGGAUUGGAACACCUGAAUCACAUGAUAUGGAGGGGAUUGGAACACCUGAAUCACAUGAUAUGGAGGGGAUUGGAACACCUGAAUCACAUGAUAUGGAGGGGAUUGGAACACCUGAAUCACAUGAUAUGGAGGGGAUCGGAGCACCUGAAUCACAUGAUUGGGAGGGGAUUGGAGCACCUGAAUCACAUGAUUGGGAGGGGAUUGGAACACCUGAAUCACAUGAUUGGGAGGGGAUUGGAACACCUGAAUCACAUGAUUGGGAGGGGAUUGGAACACCUGAAUCACAUGAUAUGGAGGGGAUUGGAACACCUGAAUCACAUGAUAUGGAGGGGAUUGGAACACCUGAAUCACAUGAUAUGGAGGGGAUUGGAACACCUGAAUCACAUGAUAUGGAGG